AAAAAUGCCAACAGUCAUGGGCCUAACCACCGACUCCUCCUCCAAAACCACCACCACCCUCGGCAACCAAGACCUCAAAAAGCCCAACGGCGGCUCCCGCCUCGACACCAUUUCCAAACGCAACCACCACGCCGCCAAAGAAAUCGAGACCCUCUUCUGGCGCUGCCUAUGCGACGACCCCUCCGCCGCCCCGGAAUACAUGGCCGAGGACUGCAUCCUCAUCAACCCUCUCUUGUCGUCGCACCCCUCCACCACCCCGCUAUCGAAAGACAGCGAGCCGAACAUACUAGAGGUGUUUGAAAAGGCGGAACCGUGGGCUGGGUUCCGGUUCCAUGGAGAUCCGCUGGUGGUGGAGAUUGAUUUGAUGGCUGUGGCGUUGGUGUACAAGGUUAGUUUGUAUACGGUUGAUAAAAAGGGCAAGGGGACGAGGGAGGUGGUGGCUAGUGUGAGUAGUAGUUGGAGGCAGACGGCGGGGGCGGAUUGGGUGUUGGUGGCGCAUCAUUGUCAGUAUGUUGAUGAUGAGUGA